AUGACUGCCGCAAACUACUUGAAAGCCGUGGCUUCCCGUCGUACCGUCUAUGCUUUAAAACCUGAAUUACCUUCAGGUGUCAACAUUAACGACGUACAGGCGGUGGUUCAAGCUAUUAUCAGAGACACUCCAACAAGUUUCAACUCGCAGGUGAACCGUGCAAUCAUCCUGACCGGUAAAGCCCACAAAGAAGUUUGGGACCGCGUAGUCGAGAGCAUUCCUGGCGAAUCUGGCAAGAAAAGACCUCAAUCAGCCAGGGACGAGGCUUACGGUUCAGUCAUCUUCUUCACUGAUGACGUCGUGACCGAACAAUUGCAGGCCAAGUUUGCUGCUUUUGCAGCAGCUUUCCCUCAAUUUGCAGACCACUCCUCCGGUGCUGCUCAAAUUCAUACCUGGACUGCUCUCAGAGAAUUGGGACUGGGCGCACACUUGCAGCACUACAACGGCUAUGUCAAGGCGGCUCUUCCCAAGGAAAUCCCAGCAACCUGGAACGUUCACGCCCAAUUGGUGUUUGGUGUUCCUGCUGCCGAACCCGGAGAGAAGACCUUCGAAGAAAACCCCGUCAAAAUCUAUUCUUAG